AUGCACAGCAUAAAGUGGUAUAAGGCUGACUCCAGGGUUUACGUGUACUCCGCGUCCAAGGACGCUGCCAUUAAUAGGCCGGAAGGUGAUAUGAUGGACAGGAUGUCGAUAUCACACGAUCCGAACGCCACAUACGCCGAGUUGGUGAUUGCAAACGUGAAGCCGGACGAUGAGGGGGUCUACCGCUGCGAGAUCACCUACCUCCAGGUCGGCGAGGACUGCAACACCGUCCAAGUCACCGACUUCCAUACGUACAUUAAACCAAAAUCAGUGGAAGUGAGGACCGGUGAUGGUAGAGUCUUGGACGACGGCGCGGUCUUUGGGCCAGUCCUGGAGAGAACAAGGGUCAACGUCAGCUGCGUGGUCAGCGAAGGGAAGCCCCAGCCGAAAGUUGCUUGGUACUUUAAUGGCGAAGAGAAACUGGACGCUCAAACGGAGACACCGGACAAGUCUACUGUGCGGCAUGUUUUACCGAUGAUCGUGACAAGGUCUGAGCUCCGAGGUGAGCUCAAGUGCGUCGUCACGUCUGCUGCAUUAGACGAGCCUAUAGUCAAGAGGGUAGUGCUCGACGUGAAAGUCCCGCCGAACAAAAUCUCGAUAUCCGGCGUCGGGGAGCACGCGACGCAAGGGACUCUGCUCACCCUGAUGUGCGAGGUGUCCGGCGCUAGACCAGCCGCCCGAAUAGAGUGGUACAACGGCACGCAGAAGUUGGUAAUCGACGACAACAACAUUCAGCAAAAAGAAAUAGAGAUGAGCGACUCGACCUUCGUGACCAAGUCCAACUUGACCUUCGAGGCGACCCGAUUUGAGAACGGCCGCAAGUUUCUUUGCGAGGCCAUCAAUGACGUCAUGAUAGAAGCGAAAGAACAUCCUAUACACGCCACGCGCGAGUUAGAAGUUUGGUACCCACCGCUAGUCCACUUAGAACCGAAGAAUAUAAAAGUGGUAGAAGGUGCAAAGAUCCUUCUGAAAUGCGAAUACGAAAGCAACCCUUCGUCCCUCAACGAAGUUAUCUGGUACCGAGACGGUGAAAGGCUCAACGUGAACAACAGCCGCUACCAAGGCGGCACCACAGACCAGCACGCUCUCAUCAUAGUGAAGGCGCGUGGGGAGGACAUGGGUAACUACAGUUGCCUGCUCGCGAACACAGUCGGUAACGGCACGACGAACGAGACAAUCGAUGUCAACAUCUUAUAUAAACCCCAGGUCCGACUAAACAUGAGCUCGGCGAGCCCCAUCUUGGAAACCGACCACAAGAACGUCACUCUUACUUGUGAGGUGGUAUCAGGGAAUCCCGCAAUCCUGGACGAGGUAAUUUGGUACCUAGACGGCGAGGUGCUGAAACAUCUACCAGAAUGCAAUGGCACCAAUGACAGCCUGUGCAACGACGUCGACCCUUCGAUGCUCCUCUUACAGGACACUACCAAAAGCUUCCACGGGAACUACUCAUGUAAGGGAAAGAACUACGCGGGAUGGGGCAGCGAGAGCGAGAAGACAGAACUAGUAGUCAACUAUCCGCCCGGCCCCGCUAAGCUAACGUACUCUCCAUGGCGGGUCAUCAAGGGUCAGUCUUUAGUGCUGACUUGCAGUGUUGAAGAGAAAGGCAGACCGGAAUCUAAUAGAUUCCGCUGGCACCGUGGUGGGCGCUUGGUGAGCGACAUCGUAUCGGGAAGCUGGACCAUCGACCCAGUGACGCUGGACCACCGCGCCAACUUCUCCUGCCGGGGGAACAACUCGGCUGGGGAAGGCCCACCCGCCUACGCUACCGUCGACGUGUUGGCUCCACCGAGCUUUAAAUACGCGAUGAAUCACUACAGCGGUGCACUAUACAGAUCUCAGAACAUCUCCCUAUCGUGCACGGUGGAAUGCGCGCCUCUGUGCAGCGUGCAAUGGCUGAAAGAUGACCAGGUCAUCGACCCCGAGAAGACCGACAGAUACUACGUGGUGGAGAGGAGGAUAGAGCCGCAGGUGAACAGGAACGACUUCGAGGCCACCGAGUCGACUUUGCACUGGAACAUGUCCGCUUGGGCGGGCGGCGUUCUGUCGCGCGCGGCUGACGUGGCUAGGUACACUUGUCGCUCGUCGCGCAACGCCGCCGGCCCCUCAGUUAACAGCACCACCAAGUUCGCCGUGGAAUAUGAGCCAGAAAAUAUCACUGUUACGCCGCAAAUUGUCCCGGUUAUAGAAAACAAGGUUCCUGAAAAAGUGGUCUGCUCGGCCAAAGGUUUCCCGGUGCCCAGCUACACCUGGCGCCGGGAGCAGCCUGCUAGGAACCAGGGUAAAGAAGGCUCCAACUCCUCACUGCUGCUCUCCACGACCAACACCCUGCUUUUGGGCCCCGUGACGCGGAAAGACGCCGGUGACUACGUCUGCGAGGCGUUUAACAAGCACGGCGCGGUCAACACGACCGCCUAUCUAGACGUCAUGUUUGUACCAGAAUGCGGUAUAAAGCAAAUCGAGAAGGGGGGAGAGCAGGUGUUGGUUUGCACCGCAAUUGCAAAUCCUUCAGAGGUGAACUUCUCCUGGAAGCUGAAGAAUGACAACGACAGUCUGACAGACGAGAAGAUUUGGCAGUCGGGCUUGCAGAGCUUCCUAAGGCUGAGCGACGGCGUCUCCCUCUACCGGACUUACAUAUGCCACGCAAACAACUCCGUAGGCGUCUCCGAACCCUGCGAGCGUGGCGUGGAAGGUAAUAAGGUGUGGUGGAGGGAUCAGUACAAGCUCCUUCUAUUCGGCGGUAUCGCUCUCGCCAUCUUGGUGGUGACCGUCAUCCUCUGCAUCAUCAUCAUCUGCAUCUGCCGCAGGAUGAGGGCCAAGUCCAAAUACAAUAACCCUGUGGAACUUGAGGAGCGAGAGAAUCCGGAUGGUAGCUGUCUGAACGAAGUGUCUAUAGCCCAAUCAAUAAUAUCGCAAGCUUUGCCCGCUUUGUCGCCGCGUCUCAGUCUAUCAUUUAGCCCAAAAUCGUCGGACCGAACACGGCUCGUCGACUCGCAAAGCUACCCGCACAAUUUAGAGAUGAACCGCUUCAAGGGAAGCCCAGUAACAAGUAACUUGCAAGCGAGUCUAUCUCAAUUAGAAGCAACAAUAAACUCCAACAAACCCGAUAGAACCGAUGACACAAACGAUGCUGAAACUACAACGGAGGAAGCAAAACGCGAUGAGAACAAACCUCAAACCGUCGUGACCGCUAACAAAUGGCCAUUGAAGCCGGGCGUAUUAGUCCACGUAAAUUCCAAUCAUACUCUCAGUCCAAAGAAUCAAGCACGACUACGUAGCAUAAAUGCUGCCAACCCGACGGAAAACAGAGAAAGCGAUCUAGGCCUACUAGAAAGAAAUCAACAAGUGAGAGAAAGCAAUAAAACACCGCCAAAAGUGGAAUAUUCAAAGAAAACUGGAAAGCCGAAAAGGCUUUCUCAGGGCGUUGUUACAGGGAUCAUUAGAAAUUUCCGAAAGAUAGGCGAUAAUAAUUCGGACGAUGAUAGCGGGAAGUAUAAGAAAAUCAACAAGUCAAACAAGAGGGCGAUUUCCUUGAUGAGUUUGGGUAAGACCGGUUACGGUCUACCGAAGAGGACUAUCAGAUCAUUCUUUCAGAGCGAAGCACCCAAUGUCAUUGUGACUGAAGGAGUCGUGUCGUUUAAAAGGCCCGAUAGGGUUGCACCGACGAAUGCUAGAGUGUUAUCAGAUAAUGACCCUAAUACGAGAGCCGCCAGAAAGAGGAAAAAACCAGGAGAGAGCCCACCUACGAAUGGCGUAGAUAAUGCGCCCAACGGAAACCUAGGAGCGGAAAACCCCGGUCUCUACGAGAAUCUUCCGUUCCACGGCCUCCAACAACCACCUAAUAAGCCCGUUCAAGCGAUUCAGCCUAGAGUCGUUCACACUAACCAAAAAAGUACCAAAGGAAUAGAGACUUUGCAAAAGCAAUUGACAACAAACCCGUCGUUCACUCCGCGGGUGGUGUGUCCUCCGUUCGUGCAAAACGCAAUCGACUACCCGAUAACGUCACCAAGCGCGCAAUAUCAACCCUACGGCAUACCAAUGCUGUCACCAAUCCAACAAAUGUAUCCGCUUCACCAAACGGUGCUCCUCAAUCCUUAUUUACCGCCCAUGCAAUCGACCCACCUAAAACAGUUUCCGACGAUAGACGAGGAAAUAGCGGAAACAGAUACGCGAAAAUUCAGCUCACUGAACACUAGGAACAGUAAGAAAACACCACAGUUCCAAUCCAUGAGGGUGAUUAGGAAACGCAAAAUAGAAAGGUUCUACCCGAACACUAACUACGGAGAGAACUUCAACGAGAUACACAACAAAAGGAAUAGCACUGAUUCAGACAAUGACCGAGAUCCAACUGGCAACGAACAAUCCAUUUACGCUAACUAUCCUUCCUUGCUCAAAGUCAAGUCAGAUAUAAGCGGAGUGGAGCGGUUCGAAAACUUAACCGACUCUAUACAGGUCUGCGAGGAGACUAAUUUCAUGGACACGUCAAUAAACUCUCCAAACAGGCCUAUACCGGCUCCACGAAAGAAACUGUCACCCUUCAAUUCACCUCUUAAAUCCGAUCACGUAUAUGUCAACUUAUCGAUGCCCUUAAUUAACACUUCGAAUUUAAGAUCAGUGGAUACUGUUGACGCUCCAGUUAGGACAUCCAAAUCUGUUGACGAUGUCUCUAAGAUAGUGAAGUUCCCAAUACGUAACACAAAGAGCAAUUUAGCAAUCGCUAAAAGUACUACAGAAAAGGAUAUAAGCGAUUCUGACGAUAAAAUUACCAACGAGCAGAAUUCAAAAGCUGAUAUUAAAAGGCCUAACAUUGUUGCCGCGACACCCAAAAGAAAUGCAGCAAGCACAUCAAUAACCUUGCCGUCUACAUCUUUAGUAAAAUCAGUUGUAAGCCAGUUGAAUGGCCAGGCAGGAGGCGUCAACAAAGUGGGUGUGACGAAAAAGCAAGCGAUUGCACCGAACAAAACUUUGCAAAUACCUAAACUUUCCGAAAAACCAGUACCGAGAAAGACUUCGCUGCAGCGCAGCAAUUCGGUACAGUGUAACCUAGUUGUAAGCAGUGACACCGCUCAGACCACUAACAUACUCCAACAGCAAUGCAUGCAAAAGAAAAAACAUUUCACUAACCUAAACGCAAAGGACAAAAACAAGAAGAACUUUCAAAUACCCCUACAGAAGCACCACAGCUUCUGUUACUUCCAACCGAUUGGAGUCGACAAACGGAUUCUGGUCGACCAGGAGAGGUCCUACAACAACACUACCGGCCCGAUAAUCUAUCAGACUGGUGAGCCGCAGUACUGCGCUAAAACUUUAAACAGGACGCGAGAAAAGCACAACCAAAAGCUGAACCGCCUAAAGAAGUCCGAGAGCUUGAGGGAGAAACUGUCCUACGUGGGCGUUUACGACAACUACAAGAGGCCCGACUACCCGGAACCGGACCACGAGGAGUCCCAGCGGAGGUCAUACUUGCAGCUGCUGAAGGGUAACUACAUGUCGAACUGCUCCCGGAACCCCAAUCCGGAACAGAACUGCGGCGGCAACUUUAACACGCUGGGAUCAAAAGACGACCGGUCCAAGCACAAAAAACUUGUGUACGCUGACCUCGCUUUAGGCAAUCACAAUCUUAAGUUCAAAAACACGCCGUUCAAACCGGAGGACCAGUUCGUGUACGCAGACGUCGACCUCAAGGACUACGGGCCCAUCAACUACAAGGCAGCCUCGAUCUACGCACAGAUGAAAAAGGUUAAGGAGCAACAGAAAAUGCAAGAGGUCUACGAUAAACAGAACACGGAUGACAUGCUA